GCCAUGAUCUAUGGUUUUUAAAUCUGAAAAGAAUUUAUAGUUAAAACUUUUGACAAUAACUUUAGUACGAAUUACUUAUUAAGAUUUGUGUUGCAAUAUGUAAAAUUAAAAAAAUAUAUAAUACUAAAAAAAGUAUAUUUGGUAUCAAACACUUAUUUUUCAGUAAAGUUUUGCAGUCAUGAGUUGUUUCUUAAGCAAGUUUUGCAAUCAUCGAUCUUUGGGUCUUUUAAAUAAAUUACCAAGUCAUACUGUACGCACUUCCUUAGGCAAUCGUAUCUAUUUUCAUAGAAGAAAAAUUCAAGAAUCCUCAAAUCUGUUUUAUCCUACAUUAUUUACACUAUCAGUUAGUUCAGGUGCGAUAGUUAUAGCAUCAAUUUGUGAGUAUGAGCGACAUGCUAGUGCAGGCUUCAAGUUCAAUGGAAUAAAAGAAUUUGUUAAACACUCUUCGUAUAAAACAUCAAAUUGGACAGGACUAAAUCGACUGUGGGAUGAUUUGAAAGUUUCAGAAAAAUUGUUUGCUGCAAUAUUGUCUUUGAAUGUUCUUGUGUUUUUAGCAUGGCAAAUACCUAGUUAUCAUCCGAUUUUGUAUAAAUAUUUUACGACUAAUGCUCUUGCCAGAAAAAUUCCUGUAUCUUCACUUCUAUUAAGUGCUUUUAGCCAUGAAUCUCCAGUACAUUUAUUUUUUAAUAUGGUUGCUCUACAUUCUUUUUGCUGUGGUGUCAUCCAACCUUGGGGUUCAAUGUCUCCUGAAGAAUUUACUGCCAUGUACUUGGGUAGUUGUGUUGUGUCAUCAUUAACUAGUAUUAUUUACCGAAGAAGUUUUGGCUUGGUAGGACAUAGUUUGGGUGCUUCUGGAGCUAUUCUAUCCGUCGUCGCAUAUUUUGCUGUAACUCAUCCUUAUCAGAAAUUAAGUAUUAUCUUCAUACCUGGUAUUGAAUUUGAUGCUAUUAAAGGAUUAGGUGGUUUGAUGACUUUGGACAGUCUUGGAUUGAUAUUUAAAUGGCAGACGUUUGAUCAUGCCGCUCAUCUUGGAGGUGCCAUGUUUGGAAUUUUAUGGCACAAGUGGGUAUCGAAAAAUAUAUGGGAAAAUAAAAAAUAUAUAGUGAAAAAGUGGAUACAGCUAAAAAUGAUUACAAAAAAGUUUCUGGGUGGCCAAAGAUAGUCCAUUGUUAUUUUGUUAUAACUAUACAUUGUUAUUUUUUAUUUUAUUAUAGUACAUGUGCAUAAAUAUUAUUCGCUCAUUUAUUGAUAGUAAAUAUUUUAAAACUUAAAAUAUAUUAUCAUCACCAUACUUAUUUUUACACCAUGAUUAAUAAAAGAAAUUGUAACAUUUAUGAGUCAAUAUCUAAAAAUGUAUAAUUGGUCCUAGGUAUGUUUUUAACAUAUUCUAUAUUUUCCAUUACAACAGUUACUUGGUUACCUAUUUUUGUAUUAAAUAAACUAUUAUCAAAAUGAUAAAUUGUAAAUAUUACAUUUUUUAAAUUUAUAAGUGUAAUUAGUUUUAAAUUGAAAAAUAACCAAAAUAUGUGGCCGAGCGUUACUCAAAUACGCAAAGCUUAUGAAGCUCGACGUUCCUUCACACGAAGACCACCCAAAUAUAAAAAUGUAAACCAGACUUCUUUGAUAAAUAAUCUGAUAUUAACACUGCUUGCAAGUUCGACAGUCUUGGCUAUUGCGUCUAUAAUUGAACACGAACGACAACCGAAAUUCAACUGGAAUAAUUGGACCAACUCAGACUUUGUCAUAAAUGUCGUUAAGUAGCAUUGUAACAUAAUAUAUACAGUACCUAUUCAUUUUAA